CUUACAAUCGGACACACUGAUUGUAAUGUCAGAAUAGCUCAUUAUUUUUGAUAGGGAAACAUCAGACAGGGAAAUGUGACUGUGGACCAUGUUAUUUUGCAUUGUAGGAAUUACUGGAUUUUAUGUCAUGUGGUCCACACUUCUUACCGGUUGGUGGCGGUAAUGCCACCAAGGUUUCUUGCCAACCGCCAAUAAAUUUCAAGAAGAAGAAGCAAUAGUGGGUUUUGGGAUACAACCAGCAUGGGUGCUCGACUCGCGCGGAUGUUCCGAAACUAUAACGUGGAGAACCGCGCGCUGCGAGAGAUCUCCAAAGAGAAGCCGAGGUCAGCACCCCGGCAAGCGACCACAGCGACGCCGUCCGCCGUUAGCUCUGAGGUCGCGGAGUUGGUGAUGAAGAAGAAUGAGUCGUUGUUGGAACAUCUCAGGUCUGUGUAUGUAGAGUCCACGGAUCCAACAGCAGCUCCAGAGUUUUCGGGGGAUGCAUCUGCAGGUAAAGAAGCAGACCGGAGGCCCCUCAGAGUCAGUUUACCAGGAAGCGCAUUCGGCCUGCCAGAGCUCACAGAUGUUCCUAAAGGGAAGCUGACCCUUGCCGAAGCUCUCACGGCUCUCGGCAGCCACCAGCACCAGCCCCGGACCUGGUCGGCGGAAAAGAUUGCUCAGGAAUAUUGCCUGGAAUUACAAGACACAAAAUCUGUGGUUGAAUUCUUUAUCCCUUUCAAGGUUGAGAUCAUCCCUCCAAAGAGUAGAACUGCCAAGCAAAUAAAGGCUUCCUAAGAAUGGAGUCAGGAGGAAUGGAGAAGCUUUUACCUCACUUAUUUAUUGUCUGUAAUGUUAGAGUGGGAAAGGAUGUAACUUUCCCAUGAUUUAAGUGAUGUUUACAUGGAACGAUAGAGCAUUUGUAAUAUGAAUAGAUGGAAAAAAAACCCAUAUUAAUCACAGUAAUCUGAUCAAAAAAAGUCCAUGAAGACGACAUUCUCUUCUCCAAUUGGUUGUUCAGGGCUCUCCCUGUCGUGCAAAGUAGAGAUGCACAAAACAAAGUGGGUUUUUCUGUUUUGUUUUGUUUUUUUUACAGUGAAGACCUACAGAUUUUAAUUUCUAUUUACGAAUCAUAAAUGACAAAGUACCAAUGUUAUUACAUUUUUAAAUUUAACUCAAAAGAAGUAGAAUUAGAUGGAUUUAUUAUUUUCCAAAUGAUAAAAAUUGUUAUUGAUGCAAAGUUAUACUAAUGAUUAAAUGAGUAGAACUAUUAUUUAUUUAUUUUUGUUAAGGGCCUCCUCCUUUAAAGAUCACCCUGCUGCUGUGGUCGAACUAUACCAAUACUCACAGUGCCCCUACGCCCCUCUAUGAAGUGUGUACUCAAUCAAAGGGAACAUAAGUGUUCAAGUGUGCAGAUUACUAGUGUUCAAAAAUUUGAGAAUUUUGACAGUAUGCCAUUGUGUCGCAACUUCGACAUCCAAAAUGGUGGGACUGUUCACUGCUUUGGCACUUGGACUGCUAAAAAAUACAACUACAACAACAAAAAAUCGAUUCUAAAUGUACAGUAUUUUUGCUUUCCAACAUCAUUGCUAGAGAUAUUUAGCUGUUCAAACAUGUUUUGCUAAGGCUUGUUGAAUACAGAGCAAAAUUUGAUCUAAUCGCACAUGCUCAGUAGAGUGAAACAAAAAUUUCAAUAUUUUACUCUUGAAAGCUGUUUUUUUUUCUUUUUUUGUGACACACAACUUGCUCUGUAAACAUUAUAUUUCCAACAUGGCAAAAAAUACUCAUCAAUAUGCACUAACAUUGAAUUUAACAGUUAUAACGGUUUGACUAAUUAAGAGACAUGAUUACAUUUUGAGUUGUUUCUUGAAAAAAAAACAUCUUUUAUGUGGCUUAAAGUUAGAUAUAAAGUGGAGCUGAUGUGCUAACAAAGACAAAGAGGCCUGAUGCUACAUUUUGAGAAAUAAAAAGACAAAUGGAAUUAAAAUGUCCUUUUUAAAAUAAAUUAUGAAUGUUUGACUUUAUAGACCAAAAAUGUUACAAGAAAUUCACAAGGAACACUCUGACUUCAAUUUUCUUCCUCUCUAGCCUAAGAAGAAAACAUUUGUUUAAAAAUUGUGAUGAAAUCUUUAAAGAAAAUAAGAACCAAAUGUCUUUGUAUUCCACUCCCACAAAAACAUUAAGAUAUGAGUUUUUAUAUUCUUUGUGCAUCAAUUUUAGAUGAAUUGAAUAAAGUUUUCCCUGUAAUUACUUUCUGCAAAAGAAAUUCAACAUA